UUAUAUAUAACUUUACGUAAUCUUUUGUAUUGAAUAUUUAUGAAAUUCUAGUUAUGUAUUUCAUACGAAUCUUCUCUUUAUUUAUAUUAUCCGAAAUACAUUCCAUAUCAAAUGUGCAAAGUAAAGACAACAAUAUUACAAGGAAUAUAACGAAUAUAAAUCAAACACCUAAUACGACGCCAAGAAUAGUUUCAUCAAAGCGACGGCUAGAUAGAGUGACUCAGAAACGAUACGAAAUUAUCAAUGUUUUAUGGAGGAAAACGAAGAUCUUUGAAGACGUCGACAUUCCUAUUGAAAAUAGCACAAAACGGUCUAAAAAAGAAAAAACACUUUCACAAAUUGUUACCAACACUCCUUUAAGAAGGACAACUACUGGUACUCCUAGUUACAUAGAGUUCUACUAUUCAGAUCUAAAUGAUGAGAGGAUUAAAAGAAGAAAUUUAGAUACAAAAAUUAAAAAGGAUAACAUUAAUAUAGAGACUCGUUCCGUUUUAAAUUCACCAGUGUUUUUGUUUCACGUGCAGUAUGAAACGUGUACAUCCACAAAAAAUACUAAGCAUAGAUCUGAAAAAGCUCCUCUGAGAAACAAUUUGAAACGGAGUCAAUUUCUAGAUUCACUAAAGGUAUCAAUGAAGAAAUUUGACGAUGAAACCUGCCCCGUAACAACGAAAGCCUCCGAAAUAGUAAACCGUACUAAAAAUAUUGAUAUUUUAAAACAUUCUCCAUUGUCCACGGCAUAUGAUAAAAUAAAAUUUUUCGAAUUAUAUGACAGCGACACUCCAACGCCCAAAAGCGAAAUGUUCCUACCAAAUAUUGAUGACGAUGAGAAAAUAUUGUUAGAAGAUAUACAUUUUAAUAUAAAACAUCAAAACAAAACGAGAUAUGUAAAAAAGCAUAUUGAUACGCCGAAGCCAACUGGAAGUGAUAGUGAGAAUGAUUCUCCAGAAAUUGUUAUAACAAACAUUCCGACACAACGUGUUAAUACAACAAAGGAUUUCCACAGUCGGUCGGCGCAUUGGUCUGAAUUUCCGUUCAUUGCUCUCUAUGUGUAUGAACCCACUCAGGUUCGUUGUGAUGCGGCGGCAUUAAGCCCACAUUGGCUGUUGGCAUCUGGUUCUUGUUUAUUUAGACAUUACAAGAGCUAUUCGGUGAAUGGCCAGUCUGCAUAUGUAGCUUAUUGCACGGAUAAUUGGAGGAACUCUGAACGAAUAUCCUAUGUAAGGCGAAGCUUCGUUCAUCCUCGCUUCUACUUGAAGGAUACAAGGCGAUAUCUAUAUAAUAUUGGUGUUAUUGAAGUUGUGAAUUCAAUGUCUGAAACAUGUAAUGGAUGGGCACCGGUGUCACUGAUGUCUCAUCAAAUGGCCCACACCCAAGGGAUUAGAGGAGUGGCUGUAGGAUGGAGUCUGGACAGAAAAUCGCACAAAAAGCCCAACGUGUAUUGCCUGUCACUAUCAACAUCCGAUAAAAUUGAGAAUCCUAUGAACGGAAUGCUAUUGAUUGGUGGGAAACUGAUUGCUCUGUACUCACAGGAUGAGCUAAGUCCCUCGGGAGAGCAAUCAGCGCUGUACACUGGCGUCUGGCGUCACAUUCCUUGGUUACUCGAUAUUGCAAGGGAACCAGACGAUUUUAUGCCUGCAUAGCAUAAUAAAU